AUGGGUCACAUGAGUGUAUGAAUGAGUGAAUUGUGUUUAUGUUUGUCAUGAAUGACGAAAACAGUGAAUCCCUGGACGACCAGACAUUGUCGUUGACCACAACCACCACCACAUCCCGCGCGACAUCACCGCCAGAGACAGUGGACACGGGAGUGCUGUGGAGGCACCUGUUGGCCGGUGGGAUGGCCGGUGCCGUGUCCCGCACCUGUACGGCACCACUCGAUAGGCUCAAAGUGUUUCUACAAGUGAGAGGAGCAGAAUUUCAUGGGUUAGGCAUCUGUCUGAAGCAUAUGCUGGAGGAGGGCGGUGUGACCUCCCUUUGGAGGGGCAAUGGGAUCAAUGUGCUGAAGAUUGCGCCCGAAAGUGCCAUUAAGUUCAUGGCUUACGAGCAGGUAUUGCACGUGUGGUUGUUGUCACCGAUUGUCACUCACUGUUACCAAACAAAUGAUACCCUUUUUCAGGCCAAACGUGUGAUUAGAGGCAACGCUACCCGAGAAUUAUAUAUUCACGAGAGGUUUUGCGCCGGCUCGAUCGCCGGUUGUAUCUCUCAGUCUGUGAUAUACCCGAUGGAAGUGCUGAAGACGAGACUCACGUUACGCCGGACCGACCAAUACAUGAAAGAAGACCCGGGAAUACUAGUGCUGCUGACGUGCGGCACCGUUAGCUCAUCGUGCGGUCAGUUAUGUAGUUACCCGUUGGCGCUCGUGCGGACCCGACUGCAGGCACAGGUGGACAACAAGCACACAAUGGUUGGUCUGUUCCGUGGCAUUGUGGCCAAUGAGGGCUUCGUAGGCCUGUACCGGGGAAUUACACCCAAUUUCAUGAAAGUGGCGCCGGCUGUCAGUAUAAGUUACGUGGUGUACGAGCAUACGAGGCGAAUGUUGGGCGCCUCCAUGUCCUGA